UUUGUUGAACCAUCAAACAUAAGCUCCUUCUCGGCUCCCGAGGGCUUCAGAAGACAGCAAAGAGCACUGAAUAUUCCACACACCGGCUGUAAUCCUGGUUUGGCAUCGUUACAAGAAGCCAUGUCCAGGUCAUUCUAUGUCGACUCACUCAUUAUCAAGGACUCGGUCAGCCCCACGCCUCAGCACACGGCGCAGGACUUCUUCAUCCCUAUCGGCAUGCACGCGCCGGGUGUGAUGGGUGUCCCUGCGGCGGCAUGUCCGUCCCGGAAAAGCGGAGCCUUCUGCGUCUGUCCGCUGUGCGUCGCCACGCAUGUGCACUCGCCCCGGGCUGGGCUGCCUUUGCUGAAGGCUCCAGGAUACCCGAGCGGAGAUGCACCAUACUGCCAACGGCUUGCACAGCAUCACAACUCCGCGCCCGUCUGCACGCCCCCCGCCUACAGCGUCACUGACCCACGGAGAUACCACUGCCUCUCCAUAGGUGCAUCGGAUAACGGGCACGUUCAGAACGGAAAGCGCAUGCGCACGGCCUUCACCAGCACGCAGCUUCUCGAGCUCGAGCGCGAGUUCUCCUCUAACAUGUACCUGUCGCGCCUGCGCAGGAUCGAGAUCGCAACGUACCUCAAUCUGUCAGAGAAACAGGUGAAGAUAUGGUUCCAAAACCGGCGCGUCAAGCACAAGAAGGAGGGCAAAGGCGCACAGAGGAGCGCGCACGCGGGGUGCAAGUGCUCCGGAAACCAUGCACCGUACCCGCGAUCAGAGGACGAAGAGUCCCUUUCACCCGCUUCAGCCACGGAGGAGAAAGAGGGUUCGCCCAUUUAACAAAUAAGAGGCACAUAAGGACUCGAUCUAGGACUAUUCACUCUAACUAGCACUUAGACUUCCGUAUGCACGGAUCCUUGGACGUCUCCUAAAACAAGUAGAUUCAGUAAAUUGGAGGUUUAUGCUCUUAUUUUCUCUGCUCAUCACUCUUUCUAUAAUAAUAAUAAUAAUAAUAAUAAUAAUAAUAAUAAUAAUAAUAAUAAUAAUAAUAAUGCAAACUCCCUGGUGUUGCAUUUACUGCAUUUACACCUAUGUGACUGAAUCACAUCUUUUUUCUAUUCAUGUCCAUCUGAACUUAAACACUGUAGGUGUGCUUUAACCCUGAGGAUUUUGCUGUUUGGUGUUACAUCAAAAGUGACGUCUUCGGAUUUGCUGGUGUGUCUUUUUUACCUAAUACAAGCUUGCAGUCCGUAAACAUUGAAAUGUGCUUGAAAUGUCUGGCCCAUU